GUGCAGUCGAUGCUAAGUGUAAACACAAUAUAGUUUUAGUCAUAAGUGUAACUGAAGCGUCGCUUUAGUCGUAAGUGUGAUCACAGUGUAGCUUUAGUCGUAAGUGUAACUGCAGCGUAGCUUUAGUCGUAAGUGUAACUGAAGCGUCAUUUUAGUCGUAAGUGUAACUGAAGCGUCGUUUUAGUCGUAAGUGUAACUGAAGCGUAGCUUUAGACGUAAGUGUAACUACAGUUUAGUUUUAGUCGUAAGUGUAACUACAGUUUAGUUUUAGUCGUAAGUGUAACUACAGUGUAGUUUUAGACGUAAGUGUAACUACAGUUUAGUUUUAGUCGUAAGUAUAACUGAAGCAUUGUUUUAGUCGUAAGUGUAACUACAGUUUAGUUUUAGUCAUGAGUGUAACUGCAGCGUAGUUUUAGUCGUGAGUGUAACUACAGUGUAGUUUUAGUCAUGAGUGUAACUGCAGCGUAGCUUUAGUCGUAAGUGUAACUGAAGCGUCAUUUUAGUCGUAAGUGUAACUGAAGCGUAGUUUUAGUCGUAAGUGUAACUGAAGAGUAGUUUUAAACGUAAGUGUAACUACAGUUUAGUUUUAGUCGUAAGUGUAACUACAGUUUAGUUUUAGUCGUAAGUGUAACUACAGUUUAGUUUUAGUCGUAAGUGUAACUGCAGCGUAGCUUUAGUCGUAAGUGUAACUGAAGCGUAGCUUUAGUCGUAAGUGUAACUGAAGCGUCAUUUUAGUCGUAAGUGUAACUGAAGCGUCGUUUUAGUCGUAAGUGUAACUGAAGCGUAGCUUUAGACGUAAGUGUAACUACAGUUUAGUUUUAGUCGUAAGUGUAACUGCAGCGUAGCUUUAGUCGUAAGUGUAACUGAAGCGUCAUUUUAGUCGUAAGUGUAACUGAAGCGUCGUUUUAGUCGUAAGUGUAACUGAAGCGUAGCUUUAGACGUAAGUGUAACUACAGUUUAGUUUUAGUCGUAAGUGUAACUACAGUGUAGUUUUAGACGUAAGUGUAACUACAGUGUAGUUUUAGACGUAAGUGUAACUACAGUUUAGUUUUAGUCGUAAGUAUAACUGAAGCAUUGUUUUAGUCGUAAGUGUAACUACAGUGUAGUUUUAAUCGUGAGUGUAACUGCAGCGUAGUUUUAGUCGUAAGUGUAACUACAGUUUAGUUUUAGUCGUAAGUGUAACUACAGUGUAGUUUUAGUCGUAAGUGUAACUGAAGCAUCGUUUUAGUCGUAAGUGUAACUACAUUGUAGUUUUAGUCGUAAGUGUAACUGAAGCAUCGUUUUAGUCGUAAGUGUAACUGAAGCAUCGUUUUAGUCGUAAGUGUAACUACAUUGUAGUUUUAGUCGUAAGUGUAACUACAGCGUAGUUUUAGUUUUUUAUAGUGUUUCUUGUAAGUGUAACCGAAGCGUAGUUUUAGUCGUAAGUGUAACUACAGCGUCGUUUUAGUCGUAAGUGUAACCGAAGCGUAGUUUUAGUUGUAAGUGUGAUUACAGUGUAGCUUUAGUCAUAUCAGAGGGAAAUUUUGACAUUCCUGGUGUUUAUGGAAAUUAUGAAGGUAGAAGAGGACAGAACCUUGAUAAAUCGCUGGUCACUAACUAGCUUAUGUUUAUCAUUCAUGUUUCUUGGUUGCCUAGCAACUUUAACCUCAGUGACCAUAUCAUCAUUUUUAUGACAAAAGCACAAAUUUGCGAGAUUUAUUUGACGUCUGAGGCAUUUGCAGGAUUGUCACUGCCGCUGACAGCAAUGUUUUGGAUUUAUGUAUUGUUUUUUGUAAGAACUAAAACACAAUUCUCAGCAUUCUCUUACAGGAAAAUAAUCAAUACUAUUGCUGUGAUACAGCCUGAUGGAAAGGGAAAACGUAAAGUUACAGCUUUAUCUCUUACUGCUAAGAGUUGACACUGUAGACUCCUUCUACAAAUGUUAAAUAAAUAAACCUAGUUAUAUACAUGCAAUUAUUAAUAUAGAAAUUCUUACAUUUAUAUAAACCUGAGAUUUGCAUCUGCACGACUCAACAUCAUCCAACCAAUCAGAAUCCAGAAUCUAACAGUUCAGCAUGCGAGUUAAGCAGUGUAUUAGCUGAUUUGAUCGAUAAAGCACUUGCUAAUUAGCUUGCUAGGUACAUAUGGUCUCUAAACACUAGUGCUGUCUCCCUGCUCGAGUUUAUCUGAAAAUUUCAGUCGAUCCUGAAGAAGCUUUAGCUGGUCGGAACAUGUUCUCCGAACGUGUGGUUGUAGAAACUCUAUACUCGACCCUCGAGGUGCAUGACGUGUGCUGGCCAAUUUUAAAAAUAGCCGAGACAGCAUGUGCUUCCACUUGCUGCCAAAUGUCAAGGAAGCUCAGCACAUCAUGGCUUCGGAGGUCUUGGACACGUCAUAGCUGUUCCGUGUCUUGGCAAACGCCACACCACAACACUUUACAGCUCCUCUACAACUCUACAUCAGCAGGAAUUCAGCAGGAAUUUCUGUCUUGCACAGAUACAGGAGUCUUCACCAAGCGAAGGACGCCCUCACAAAGUGAACAGCCUGCCACUCAGGUGUUGUUUUUGAUGGUCCAUAAGGUAGGAAGGGUGUUUCUAAGGUAUUUAUACAAAACCUCGUAGUAAAAUGCGAAAUUAAAAACCUCAUGAAAAGCAAGAUGAGCAGCACAUACACAGAAGAAACCGAGAAAUGCGCUACAAUAUAUAGCUAAAUCGUAAUAUUUUUAAAGUCCAAAGCCGCACCCCUAAAUGUCUACAUGCUAUUCUAAAGUUUGGAGUAGAAGUGUCCUGAUUGGUUGGAUGUUGGUGGUCCUCACAUUCUGGGAUUUUUUUUUUUUUUCACUAGCUAAGUGUGUUUUUCUCACAAUUUAAUCAAGGUCUUGGACAGAUACAAACAUCAUCAUCAAAACAAAGAAGAAAGUCAAAGUUGCUGGUGUCAUUUCUUCAUACUCUACUUCGUGUCAGAGGGACUCCAGCUGGAGAAACGAUGACAGACCAUGUUGUGGUUCCCGGUUUGAAGGUGUUGACGAUGGACACCAUGAACCCGAACGUGAAGAAGGUGGAGUACGCAGUGCGAGGGCCCAUAGUGCAGAGAGCUGCGCAGAUCGAAAUGGAAAUUCAACAGGGAGCAAAGAAGCCCUUCACCGAAGUGAUUAGGGCGAAUAUCGGAGACUGCCACGCCAUGGGCCAGAAACCCAUCACCUUUUUCAGACAGGUGCUGGCCAUCUGCUCUUAUCCCGAUCUUCUGGAUGACAACAGAUUUCCAGAAGAUGUGAAAAGUCGAGCACGACGGAUCCUUCAGGCCUGCUGGGGAGGGAGUUUGGGCUCUUACAGCAGCAGUCAGGGGAUUGAGCUUGUUCGACAAGAUGUGGCGCGAUUCAUCGAGAAGCGAGACGGAGGGAUCAAAAGCAAUCCAGACAACAUCUACCUCACUGCUGGAGCCAGCGAUGGCAUUGUGACGAUGCUGAAGCUGCUGAUCUCAGGUGAAGGAUCUUCUCGGACCGGAGUGAUGAUCUCCAUCCCUCAGUACCCGCUGUACUCUGCCGCUCUCGCUGAGCUCGCCGCUGUGCAGAUUAAUUAUUAUCUGGACGAGGAAACGUGCUGGAGUUUGGACAUCCGAGAGCUGCGGCGUGCGCUGGAGGAGGCCAGGAAACACUGCACACCUCGAGUCCUGUGUAUCAUCAACCCCGGAAAUCCAACCGGUCAGGUGCAGAGCCGACAGUGCAUCGAGGACGUGAUCCGAUUCGCUGCCGAAGAAAAUCUCUUUCUAAUGGCAGACGAGGUCUAUCAGGACAACGUGUACGCAGACGGCUGUGAGUUUCACUCGUUUAAGAAGGUCCUGUUUGAGAUGGGUCCGGAGUACUCUGACCGAGUGGAGCUGGCCUCGUUUCAUUCCACGUCCAAGUGCUACAUGGGAGAGUGUGGCUUUCGGGCUGGCUACAUGGAGGUGGUGAAUUUGGACCCUGAGGUCAAAGUUCAGCUGACGAAGCUGGUCUCGGUGCGUCUGUGUCCUUCUGUAACUGGACAGGCUUUACUGGACCUGGUGGUGAAUCCUCCUGAACCGCACGAACCCUCAUACGACACCUUCGUUAAGGAGCGCUCACACACUCUGGCUGAAUUAGCUAAGAAAGCUAGCAUGACACACCAGAUUCUCAAUCAGGUGCCAGGGAUCAAGUGUAAUCCGGUCCAGGGAGCCAUGUACACCUUCCCUCACAUCCACAUCCCGCCCAAAGCCGUCUCUGCAGCUCAGGAGAACGGUCAGGCUCCGGACAUGUUCUACUGCAUGAGACUGCUCGAGGAGAUGGGCAUCUGCCUCGUACCAGGAAGUGGAUUUGGACAGAAAGACGGAACGUACCAUUUCAGGAUGACGAUCCUUCCUCCGACCCAGAAACUGAAAAUUGUCUUGGAGAAGAUAAAGGAGUUUCAUCAGAGUUUCACGCAGCAGUAUUCAUAAAGGAUACAUUUUUAAAUGUUUUCCAUUUCAGGAGAAAAAUGUUUUGUGUUGUUGAUUUCUGCCCAGACAUAACAUGAUGUAAAAAAUGUCUAUUAUACAUAUUUCAAUCUGAAUAUAAGAUUACAUUUUCGA